CUCCCCGUGUGGGAGCGCCGGCCGUUCCGCGGGGCACCCGGCGGCUCCCCCGCUCCCGCCGCCGAGCAUCAGCGCAGCCGGGCUUCCCCGGGGCGGGGAGCGGGGGGACAGAGAAAAGUAACUUCGCGCCGGCUGCGGGCGGGGUCGGGGUGAUGUAACAGGAAGCGCUGCCGUGCCGCCGCUGCUCGCCGCGGAGGCUGCGCUCGCCCCGGCGGCACCGGGCGCGGAGGCUGCGCUCGCCCCGGCGGCACCGGGCGCGGAGGCUGCGCUCGCCCCGGCGGCACCGGGCGCGGAGGCUGCGCUCGCCCCGGCGGCACCGGGCGCGGGGACACGGGGAGCCCCCGUUGGUUGCGGGGCAGCGCUCCGCUCCCGCACAGGCUCAGCGCGUUUGAGUUCAUUCAAUUACGGUAUAAAAAUCACUGCACCAGAUAUAAAAAUGACAAAGAAGUGGUUCACAUUUUUGCUGUUCUUCUUAUCAGUUACUAUGUUUUUUGCCACUGCUAUACCAUCUGAAGGGCAUCAGAACAUGACGGAGGACUUGACUCAACUGAGCGUUACACGGAAUAAAAUUAUGACAGCACAGUAUGAAUGCUACCAGAAAAUUAUGCAAGAUCCUAUUCAUAGGAAAGAAGGUCCUUACUGUAACAGGACAUGGGAUGGCUGGUUGUGCUGGAGUGACGUUGCUGCCGGAACUGUGUCAGUACAGCGUUGUCCUGACUACUUUCAGGAUUUCAACCCGUCCGAAAAAGUUACGAAGAUCUGUGAUCCAAGUGGGAAUUGGUUUAGACACCCAGAAAGCAACAGGACGUGGACAAACUAUACCCAGUGUAAUAUCUAUACGCAUGAAAAAGUGAAGACUGCUCUGAAUUUGUAUUACUUGGCCAUCAUCGGACAUGGUCUUUCAAUUGCAUCACUUCUGAUUUCUCUUGGCAUAUUCUUUUAUUUUAAGAGCUUGAGUUGCCAAAGGAUUACCCUUCACAAAAAUCUAUUUUUCUCUUUUGUUUGCAACUCUGUUGUAACAAUAAUUUCACUGACCGCAGUUGCCAACAAUCAGGAGUUAGUUGCAACUAAUCCAGUUAGCUGCAAAGUGUCACAGUUCAUCUACCUGUACCUAAUGGGUUGCAACUACUUUUGGAUGCUGUGUGAAGGCAUUUACCUGCAUACUCUCAUUGUGGUGGCUGUUUUUGCUGAGAAACAACACUUGAUGUGGUAUUACCUUCUUGGCUGGGGUUUUCCACUGAUCCCUGCCUGCAUACAUGCCGUUGCAAGAAGUUUAUAUUAUAAUGACAAUUGUUGGAUCAGCUCUGAUACUCAUCUGCUGUACAUCAUCCAUGGCCCUAUUUGUGCUGCUCUGCUGGUGAAUCUUUUCUUCCUGCUAAAUAUCGUUCGUGUUCUCAUAACCAAGCUGAAGGACACCCACAAGGCAGAAUCCAACCUGUACAUGAAAGCGGUGAGAGCGACCCUGAUUCUGGUUCCGCUGCUCGGCAUUGAAUUUGUCCUGUUCCCGUGGCGGCCCGAAGGCCGGAUCGCUGAGGAGGUGUAUGACUACGUGAUGCACAUCCUUAUGCAUUACCAGGGUCUACUGGUGGCUACAAUUUUCUGCUUCUUUAAUGGAGAGGUCCAAGCUGUUUUGAGAAGACACUGGAAUCAGUACAAAAUCCAAUUUGAGCACAGCUUCAGCCACUCGGAUGCUAUGCGCACAGCUUCCUACACCGUAUCGUCAAUCAGCGAUGUCCAAGGCUACAGCUACAGUCACGACUGUACCAGCGAACAUUUAAAUGGGAAGAGCUGCCAUGACAUGGAGAGCGUUGUUUUAAAAACUGAAAAGCUGUAUGGUUGACUGCCAAAGGCUCAGCACAUGCCCAUGAGCUCACCCUUGGGAACUCUGAGUUCGAUUUGAUGACCUCACGGCCAGAAGAUUUUUACCUAACUUGGGAUAUGUUAUUCUCCUGAAUGAUGCAAACUAAACCAACACGUUUUUCAUAUGUAUGUAUAUAUAUGCAUAUAUACAUAUGUUUGUGUUUCUGUGUGUCUAUAUAGUAUGGACAUCUGUACAUAUAUAUCUAUAUAUGUAUGUACAUUUAUAUAAGGAUGCAAACUUUGCCUCUUCAGUUUCUACCGUGUAGACCAAGUUGGCAAUUUUUGUACAAAGGGAAUCAAUGAAGGAUUUCUUAUUUUCUUGGAAGUUUGUAUAAGACUGUGUCGUGUUGAAGCCACUUCAUUUGCUUACAGAAUCUUAGAGUGUAAAUAACAUACUGUAUUGUCUUAAUUCAACCUAAAACAGGACAAAGGAAAAUGAUUGAGGUAGGUGCAAUAAUAAGAAUAGAUUGGCCAGGUUAAUUCCGUGUCGAGAACUUGACUGUCAGAAAAGCCCAGCAGAUAGUCCAUGAUAAGAGGCUCAAAUAUAUUGAUCGUUUGGUUUGGCCAGUUUGUUUUUUCCACUAUUUUAAAUCGAGCAUAGACAUACCACUGCAGGUCAGAGGCUCUACUUACUUCUGUACUGCAAUGCAAUAUUUUACACAAAGCUUUGAGCAAUACUAUUUAAACUAAUUUUGUAUAUACAGAACUGUCUCCUCCUCCUCAAGUUUGUGGAAGUUUCUUAUUGGCUUUAACAGAGACAAGAUCAAUGAGGCCUUACUACCAGAAAGAAAAGUAGUAACUUGAAUCACUGUAAAUCCUUCCAGACACUACUGCGUCACUGAAGCUGACGGAACUUCACUGUGUGCUUCUGGAAUUUACUCAACUGGGAAAAGAUCAUGUACAGACUAAGUUGUAGUCAUGUUGUUGGUUUGUUUUAUUUGUAAGCAUUUCCCUGGCCGUAUGCUUCAUGAUUUAUUCCUUCAUUCUUGGGGGAAAGUGUUCAUUAAUUUUGUGGAUUUUUUUUUGCCUGAGAAAAGCAUGCGAGACUGAACGCAGUGCAAAUGACAUACUACCUUUAAAGCCAGUGUAUGAGAUUCAGACUAACAAAGCAAAUUAAUGUUAGUAACUGUCAUUAUUUGGAAAAUCCAAUAUAAAGUUUGUCUUACAAAAGUUCAAAACAUUAUAGAUUGAGAAUUCUAGUGUUAUUUUGGAGUGCUUGAUUCUGAAUCUAUUUCAGUUACCUAGUGUAGAACAGUACUUAGUAAGUUGUUUCUUUGGUUCUACUGGUGAAUAAAGGUCUCUGAAAAUUAGGAGGUUGUCAGGAAGGUCUUGAGAAAAUAUGACUUGAUAGCAAUCUGUGGUUUUGGAAAUCUUUAUGUUUUGAAGAAAUUGUAUUUAAGUGAAAUUACAAAAAUGCUCAAGAUUUGAGGGCAUGAUAUGAGGUGAGUUUAUAAAAGCCUUACUAAAAAUGCCAAAAGUAGAAAGAGGUUUUAUUUGUUUAUUAUGCAGAUGAGUUUAUUUGAAGUGGGGAAAAAACAAAAGUAGAAAAAAUGUAGAUGCUAGAGUUGAUAAACUUAUGCUAAUUAGUAUGUUUCUGGUGCAUGUAAGCCAGUCAAAAAAAUGAGAGAGAGUUCUUUCUGAGACCACUUCAUUUUUAAAUACUUAAUUUUGUAUAUUAACAACUUGAUUUUAACAUUUAAACAUUUUUGUCAGUAGCCUUUCUGUUAGCUGCAUUAGCAUCUAGGUAAUUUGCUGUCACAGCGUUUAUUGGUUUGUGAUUUUAUAAGGCUUUAAAUGCUUUGUAGUUAAAAGGAAAACAUUAGGAGGAUACGGUAAGUUCAUGCCAGUUGCACCUUUCUGUAGUCUUUUUACAGUUCUUAUAUCUGGAGUUGAAUUUAGAAAGUGCUUUAUUAAUGAUUUAGUUUCAUAAUAUAGAAUCUCAGCUAGGAUGCACAAAUCUCCGCUAGGACGCACAAAUCAAGAUUUCUGUUCUUCUGCAAGGCUGUCUGGUUGAUUGGAAUGAUUUGAAAAGUCGGUUGCAAUCUGCCCUUUAGAAUAGUGUGGAAUCUGUCCAUCAGAUUUCACAAUCUCUUAAAUUGGAAGAAUACAGUAACGGUAUCUGCUACGAGAUGAUUAGAGGUUACUUACAACUCUGGUUGCUGAUUUACGUAGUGUUACUUGAAAUCUGUGCAAUUCAGAAAAUAUUAGUGGUGCAGAGUAUCCCUGCUCUGCUAGAGCCCAUUUACACUUGUGAGACCAGAUCAUCAACUGGUAUAAAUCUGUCUUGAGUCCCAUUUUCAGAAUGAGUAGGUACCAGCUGUGAAUCAAAUCCCAGGCAGCUAUAUCUGUCCAUUUAAAAGUGCUUUGAAGUCCUUUAUGGCAUAUUAUCAGACAGCUAUUUCAAUGGUACCUGGUGGGUGGUUGUAAUUAAAAAAUAUGUGACACCUUAGGGGUGAUACAGUAUUAGAUUUUGAGUUAAGCUUCAUUCUCAUCUAAGCAUUCAAAUUUAAUAGCCUAUGAAUUUUUAUCAUUUAAUGCAAAGCACUGGUUGCUAAUUGCUCUCUGUCCUCUGUUAGGUGAACCUUGUAAGGGUAAUUUAGGAGGGAAAAUUGUUUUUCCCCAGAAAUCAUUCUACUUCUAGGUGGGCAAUCACAGUGUGCUUCUAGGCAUGUGUCUGUCUGGAAAAGAAACACACAUCCAGCUGGAUGUGCAAGAAAAUGUUUGUGGCUGUGGAGGGUUACAUGGCAUAGGAGAGCUACAUUUCCCCCCUCCUCAUGAGGUUAAUCUGUUUCCAAUUUUGCAUUGGAAAAUAUCAAUUCCCUCUUUUGUCUUCCUACUUCACCUUCUUCAGUUCCUACACAACCAAGAGAAGGGUUGACUUUUUAAAAUGUUUUUCUGUCACAGUAAAUUAAAAUCAGAUCCUUAGGAUGAUUUCUCGUGGCUUAUUUUCUGCUUCACAGAAUGUUGUAGUCCUCAUCUUUAUUCUCAAGGAUGGAAGUAAACUCUGUUUUGGUGGGGCUGUGAGAUUCCGUUGAACAUGCAAAUGGUUAUUUGUUAUGAUUUGCUCUUUAUUCUUUUAUUGUUUAGUGUGGAUUCAUUGUAUCAGUCUACAGGGGCUACAGAAAUACUUGUCUUAUAUUUGGUAUCUGUAAUACCAGCAUGUUAGCGUUCUCUGAGAGGGAACGUCUAUUUUUCAUGCUACUGUCUUCAGUUAAUAAAAGGCUCCAUUGCAGGGUCCCCCCAGUUGUUUGUUUGUUUGAAUGUUAGCACUUAUGCUAUGUAUUUUUCCUUUGUGAUGAUCUACUACAGUAUUUGGCUGUAAAAAUGCUGCAACACGUACUCCUUUCCACAUCAUGAAACAUUUGGGCUGGAAACCAGGCAACAUUCAAGUAUUGUCCCAUGUAAAUAAGAUUAAAAGAAGCAACAGCGUUGUAUUUAUUGCUUACACUAGGAAUGAAAUAGGAAAAAAUGUGAAGUAACUUUUUGGUUGUGCUUUAUUUUCACUUUGUUCAUAUGAAUCAUCAUGCAUUUUAAUUGCUGAAAGAAGUAUUAUGUUUGUGAUCAAUAAAACAUUACCACAUUUA